GGCAACAACAUUAUUUCCAUUCGGUACUUCUCAGCGCGCGGACGUGAACAAAAGAGAAGCCCCAUCGCGACUACUGUUGAAAUUCGGGAAAAAGAGGGACCUGCUCCUCGACAAGACAAGAGAAUCAUUCCUGAAAUCGGUUCUAACAGAAAACAUAUCCCAAAGAUACGCGUGUUGUGUGCGAACUGUGCUCUUGGUGUUCCCAGUUGAAAGUGGAAAUGUAUCUAUAAGAUACACAGUGCGGGCGUGCGAUGCGAGCGAGGUGUUCCCGAGGAAUUGUAAACAAAGAAGGCGGCCAGAUUCAUUGACAUCCAUCGAGAUCCAGCAACAAGUUCGUAGGAAACCACAGGGCUUUAAAAUGGCGGCUGACUGGCGAUUGAUGUUCCUGCUGGGAGUCCUGCUCUUUGCGGGAACCCUCGUGAGUGGGGAGGUGUACACGGCCUUGGCUGAGAUGGAGGAAUUACUUGAGACUGAGUCCGUCCUGAUUACCAACCUGGAGGGCUAUAUUCGGGCGCAGGAGAACAAGCUGAACUUCCUCAAAAACAAAAUGGACGAGUACCAGCGGGAGCACGCGGAUGCCUCGAGUGACAUCACCGCCUACGUAUCGAACCCGAUCAACGCCUACCUGCUGACCAAGCGACUGACCACCGACUGGCGCCAGGUGGAGAACCUUAUGGAGCACGACGUGGGCACGGACUUCGUGCAGAACAUCACCCAGUACCGCAGUGUGCUGAAGUUCCCCUCCGACGAGGAUCUCAACGGGGCGGCGGUGGCCCUGCUCCGCCUGCAGGACACCUACCAGCUGGACACGUCGAGUGUGGCGCGGGGCAAGCUCAAUGGCAUCCAGUACAGCACGGAAAUGUCCUCCGACGACUGCUUCGAGCUGGGGAGACAGUCGUACGUGAACCACGACUAUUACCACACGGUCCUCUGGAUGAACGAGGCGAUGGCCCGGAUGCUGGAGGAGCCGACCAACCACACCCAGAGCUUCACCAAGGCCGACAUCCUCGAGUACCUGGCCUUCUCCACCUACAAGGAGGGGAACAUUGAGAGCGCCCUGUCCAUGACCAACGAGCUGCUCCAACUCAUUCCCCACCACGAGAGGGCCAACGGAAACAAGCGGUUCUACGAAAAGGAGAUUGCCAGCCAGCUGCAGCUGAAGAAGAUGAAGGGAGACGACGGCAGCGACGAGAUGCCCAAGUCCGACUUGCCGGUGGCCAAGAGCGAUCCAGGUGUUUACGACUUGUCAGAGCGAAGGGCCUACGAGAUGUUGUGCAGGGGCGAACUGAAGCCCUCUCCCUCGGAUUUGCGGCCCCUGCGGUGUCGGUAUGUCACCAACGACGUGCCCUUCCUGCGCCUGGCUCCCCUCAAGCUGGAGGAGGCCCACUUGGAUCCCUACAUCGUCAUCUACCACGACGCGAUGUACGACAGCGAAAUCGACCUGAUCAAGCGGAUGGCGCGUCCUCGAUUCCGCAGGGCCACGGUCCAGAACUCCGUGACUGGAGCUCUGGAGACGGCAAACUACAGGAUCAGCAAGUCCGCCUGGCUGAAAACGCAGGAGGAUCGGGUGAUAGGAACCGUGGUGCAGCGAACGGCUGACAUGACUGGUCUGGACAUGGACUCCGCCGAGGAGCUGCAGGUGGUCAACUACGGCAUUGGAGGCCACUACGAGCCUCACUUUGACUUUGCGAGGAAAGAGGAGCAGCGCGCCUUUGAGGGCCUCAAUCUGGGCAACCGCAUUGCCACCGUUUUAUUCUACAUGAGCGAUGUGGAGCAGGGAGGAGCCACUGUCUUCACCUCCCUGCACACGGCUCUGUUUCCCAAGAAGGGAACGGCUGCCUUCUGGAUGAACCUCCACAAGGAUGGAGAAGGAGAUGUGAGGACCCGCCACGCAGCCUGUCCUGUGCUCACAGGAUCCAAGUGGGUGUCCAACAAGUGGAUCCACGAACGGGGCCAGGAGUUCCGCAGACCCUGCUCCUUGGACGAGGACCACGGCGAGUUCGCCAUCUAAUUUGGAGUCUAUUUAGUGAAUGCAACGAAUCUUAGUGCGGAAUCUCAUCCUUCGCCAUCGGCCAUCGACUUCCUAUUGUACAUACAGCAUUCAGACCGCAGAAGGUCGCAUCUGUUCUACUUAUGGGUUCCCAAUGCGGAACCAUCUUCAACUAGCUGUAACCUAGCCUCUUAUGGAAUUUAUCUACUUUUGUAUAUUUGUCUAGUUUAAGUAGAAAAACAAUUGCAAUAAAAUCGAAAUAGAAAUCAA